CACAAAUUCCAAUUCCAAUUCCAAUUCCAAUUCCAAAUUGGAUUUUCCUUUUCCUCAUUGUCGUCUCAGACUUUUCGCGGCAAAAUAAAAAUCUCAACAAACCCUAAUUCUAGUUUCCCUCAUCAGAUUUUCUCCUUUCCAAUCAAAGAUCACGAUGGAUAUUUCUCUCAUCGCCGAUCCAAUUACCCUCGCCACGCAACAGCAAGGGUUAGGGUUUGCGAUCUCUCUUCUUCACCGUCAAAACAUCUCCAACACCAAUCUCCAGACCUCUGCCGUUAUUUUCGACGCAAUAGCUCCUCCGCCGGUCAAAUUCAGCUCGCGAAAAACUAUCCGCCGGAGUCUUCUUCGCAAGAAGCGGCGGAUAAGGCGGAGAUCGUACAGCGGCGGUGAAUCCGAAGACGGCGGCGAGGAUUUUGGGUUUCUCGGCGGUGAUGGCGAUGGUCCGUUUGGUGGUGGUGGAGGUGGCGGAAAUUGGAGCGGUGGGGGUAGAGGGUGGAAUUUUGAUAAAUUUGGAGGGCAUAAUUGGGAUGAAUCCUCGUCCUGGUCGUCGUCUUCUAAGUUUGCAUAUGGAUUUGUUUAUGAAGUGAUUUAUUGGAUUGCGUUAUCGAAUUGCUUGCAUUUUGCAUUUGAAAAGGUUGCGAGGAUAAUGGCUGAUAGCGAAAGAGCGAAGGGUCCUAUGAGACUCGCUUCCGUUUGCUAAUUUGGGAUUGUUAUGUAUAUUUUAUUGGGGGAUCAUAAUUAUUGUAAUUCAUUGUGGAUAUUUUCUUUGCACAGAUUGCUGUACAUAUUGUGUAUAUAUAUACUUAAUCUACAUUUGUUUCUGUGAA